GCCCUCCCCUGAGUGGGGCAUCAUUAUGUUGUCAUCCCUGCACGAAGAUAACUUAAAAGCAUGGAAAAAGCACGUGGGCACCAUGAAAGUCAUCAUGAAUUGCCCCGAUGAAAAUAACGUGAAGGCGAUGUGUACGUGGGAGACACGCAAUAAGACUGAAGAGGAGCAGGUGGAGUAUUGGAGAAGGAUGUACAUGCGCAUGCAUGACGUCGGACCGAUUCCACGAUGCAUCUUUAAUGAUAAUAAAUAUAAAAACCGUGUGGAGGAAAUCGAUAACGUCCUGGCAGGUAUCGACGCUUCAAAUGCCACACAAUAUGAUAUGAUUGGAGGUAAGGAAAUGUGGCCCUCGAAUGACGCACCUCACAAACUUGUGAAAGUUGUCAGAGUAAAAACACAACGCGGUCUUGAGGCGUUUGUUAACCUGCCGGUCUGUUUUUCCAUUGAAAGCAAAUUAAUUGCAAAGUUACUCGAGGUGGAUGAGGAGAAUGGCAUUAUUUUUCGACUAUUGAAGUGCAGAAAAGAAUUAUUGGCAGAUGCUUCGGAGCGGUAUGCUCCGAACGCACCCCUGAGUAGAGUCUUUAUGUAA